CCGGAAGCUGCGGACGUGGCCGGGAGCGGGGCAGAGCUCUCGCGAUAGGUGAGGCUCCGAGAGGCGGCGCGUUGCCACGGAGACGGAGAAAGGGUGCUGGAACGCACGCGCCGGUGAGGCCGCAGUGGGAGAGCCAAAAUGGCGGCGGCGCAAGCGGUGGAAGAAAUGCGGAGCCGCGUGCUUCUAGGCGAGUUCGGGGUUCGCAACGUCCACACGACUGACUUCCCCGGUAACUAUUACGGCUAUGACGACGCCUGGGAUCAGGAGCGCUUCGAGAAGAAUUUCCGUGUGGAUGUGGUGCACAUGGAUGAAAACUCAUUGGAGUUUGACAUGGUGGGAAUUGAUGCAGCCAUUGCCAACGCUUUCCGCCGGAUUCUGUUGGCUGAGGUGCCCACCAUGGCUGUGGAGAAGGUCCUGGUGUAUAACAACACAUCCAUCAUGCAGGAUGAGAUCCUUGCUCAUCGCCUGGGCCUCAUUCCCAUUCGUGCUGAUCCUCGUCUUUUUGAAUAUCGGAACCAAGGAGACGAGGAAGGCACCGAAAUCGACACUCUGCAGUUUCGGCUGCAGGUGCGGUGCACUUGGAACCCCAAGGCUGCUAAGGAUUCCUCCGAUCCCAACGAACUCUAUGUCAACCACAAGGUUUACACCAGGCACAUGACGUGGGUGCCCUUGGGGAACCAGGCUGACCUCUUUCCGGAAGGCACCAUCCGGCCAGUGGAUGAUGACAUCCUCAUUACCCUGCUGCGACCUGGCCAAGAGAUCGAUGUACUCCUGCAUUGUGUCAAGGGCAUUGGCAAGGACCACGCCAAGUUCUCGCCGGUGACCACAGCCAGUUAUAGGCUUCUGCCAGACAUCACCCUGCUGGAGCCCGUAGAAGGGGAAGCUGCUGAGGAGCUGAGCCGCUGCUUCUCACCAGGUGUCAUUGAGGUACAGGAAGUCCAAGGCAAGAAGGUGGCCAGAGUUGCCAACCCCCGGCUGGACACCUUCAGCAGGGAAAGCUUUCGCAAUGAGAAGCUGAAGAAGCUUGUACGGCUUGCCCGGGUUCGAGAUCAUUAUAUCUUUUCAGUCGAGUCUUCAGGAGUACUGCCACCAGAUGUGCUGGUGAGUGAAGCCAUCAAGGUUCUGAUGGGGAAGUGCCGGCGGUUCUUAGAUGAGCUCGACGCAGUGCAGAUGGACUGAGUCCUGCACAGGAGCUGCUGUGCGAUGGCUGCUUGGUUGGCACGGAGCCAAGCUGCAGGUUCUGAGCGACCCCUGUGGACUGCUACACCCAGUAUGACCAGAAGUCCCAAGUUUUCUGGGACGAUUCCAGCUUUAUUUUCAGUCAAUACAUUUUGUUGAAUGUAUCGCAAAACGAGAUUUAUGCCUUUGUAAGGCUUAGAUGUAAAUAAACUCGGGUUCAAACAAAAGGUUUCUUAAGACCAUACUUCUUGAGGUUUGAUCUAAAAUUAUGGGACCUUAACUGGGAACGGGUUUAGCGUUUUAUAA